AUGAUACAAGCAGCAAAGAUCCUCGAGCAGAGAAGUCACUUGGUGCCUGGCAAGCUCCGGAUAACGGAGCACUUCUUCCAGGUACCCAGAGAUUACUUGAACCCUUCAGCAGGAACGAUCCAACUCUUCGCUCGCUCGGCUCUGAAAGCCGAGAAGCCUGCAGACUACACACCCACUUCGCACCUCGAUCGCGCGAAAACUCAACUCCCAUGGCUCGUCUACUUACAGGGCGGCCCGGGCUUCGAAUGUCGUAGUCCCGAGAAGGUAUCCUGGACUCAGACCAUUCUCGAGAAAGGCUACCAAGUGCUCAUGCUGGAUCAACGUGGCACUGGUCUCUCAACUGCCAUCAGCCAGUCAAGUCUACAAUUGAGAGGCGAUGAGAAGGUACAAGCAGAGUAUAUGAAGAGUUUCAGGGCUGAUAGUAUCGUCAAAGACUGUGAGGCUGUAAGGAAAGCCCUGACAGAAGACUAUCCCGAAGAGAAGAAGAAAUGGAGUAUCAUGGGUCAGAGCUUCGGCGGCUUCUGCUGCUUGACCUAUCUGUCAUUCUUCCCCGAGGGAGUCAAAGAGGCGUUCCUGUUCGGCGGCCUGCCACCCCUCAGAGACGGGCCUGAUGAAGUUUACGAGCGGCUUUACGCGCGUGUCAAGAGCAGGAACGAGGGAUACUACGCGAAGUAUCCUGAAGAUGUCGACCGCGUCAAACGCAUUGUCAAGCUUCUCUCACGUUUCGGAGAUACUACGGUGCGUGUACAAGGCGGCGAAGGCUAUCUCUCUGCACGUCGCUUUCUACAACUGGGAAUCUACUUUGGCAAGCACGGAGGCUUCGAUGACGUCCACGAGUUUGUGCUUCGCGCCGAUACCGAUCUGACCCAAUUCGGACAUCUUACACGACCUACUGUACUCGCAUUGGAGGCAGCGCAGAGCUGGGACUCUAACGUCAUCUAUGCUCUCCUCCAUGAACCCAUCUACUGUCAAGGCCAGGCCUCGAAUUGGUCUGCGGAACGCCUACUCCCGAAAUAUCCCGAGUUCUCACUCUCGCGCGUAGAUGGAGAUGAGCCUGUCUACUUCACAGGCGAGAUGAUCUACCCUUUCAUGUUCGAUGUUUACCCGGAGCUCGCUAAGCUCAAGACUGUUGGUAACCUCUUAGCUGAAGAGAAAGAUUGGCCGCAACUGUACGACAAAGAGCAAUUGAGAAAGAACGAGGUACCGGCGUAUGCUGCAGUCUACAUGGACGACAUGUACGUUGACCUCGACCUGAGUAUGGAGACGGCGAACACCAUCAAAGGCUGCAAGACUUUCAUCACGAACACAAUGUAUCACAACGGGAUCGGUGCCAAGACAGACGAAGUGUUGAAGCAGAUCUUCGCUCUGAGAGACGAUGUCAUUGAUUAG